AGCACAAGGACAUUUCAAUCAGCAGCCUCAUUCCAUCAACGGCAUCAUCAACACAAUUUUGUAGCGACUUUCUUCUAGCAGCGAUGGUGGCUGGCGACUUCUUCAUGCUCCACUCGCUCUGGGGGUCAACCACGCUGCUGUGCAAGGUUGCAAGUUCGCAAUUAACGAUGGCACGCAUCAAUGGCCAGGUCAACGACAUAACAUGUGGCGUCGUAUAUAAAGCUGACUUGCGCUUUGCCCACCAGCUUAGUUAACAGCUAACAACGAUGGCCAAUGACAGCUUAAAGAUUGGCUUGCUGCAUCAAUAUCCCUUCGCCGAGCUGGCGGAUGAACGCACACAAUCCUGGCCUCUGGUCUCAUCGCCAUGGCAAGCCGCUGGCAUACUCAGCAUGUAUCUGCUGCUCGUGCACUUGACACCCAAAUGGAUGGCCAGUCAGAAACCGUUGCAGCUGCGUUUGCCAUUGUUCGUCUACAAUUUGCUGAUGGCUCUGCUAAAUGCCCACAUCUGCCUGGAGCUCUUUACAGCAUCUCGUGCCCUCAACUAUAGCGCCAAGUGUCAGCCAUGUCGAGUUAGCUAUGAUCCACAUGAGCUGCGCAUUGCCUCGGCAUUUUGGUGGUUCUACAUUUCGAAAAUUCUCGAAUUUGCCGACACUGGAUUUUUCAUACUACGCAAGAAGUGGUCGCAAUUGACGUUUCUCCAUCUGUAUCAUCACAGCACAAUGUUCCUCAUCUGCUGGAUUGUUGUUAAGUGGAUUCCCACCGGGUCGACCUUUGUGCCAGCUCUGAUGAACUCGUUUGUGCACAUCAUAAUGUACGGAUAUUACUCGCUGAGCGCGUUAGGGCCUCGUCUACACCCGUAUCUAUGGUGGAAGCGCUAUUUGACCCGACUACAGUUGCUGCAGUUUACCUUGGGCCUGGCGUGGGGAGUGCAAGCGAUUGCUAGUGGCUGCCAGUAUCAGCCAUGGCUUAGUUAUACGGGAGUGGCAUAUAUGCUAUCGUUUCUCUUUCUCUUUGGUCGUUUUUAUGCACAAAAAUACACACAAAACAGCGAUAAGUGCAUUAAAAAAUAUGUUGCAAAGAACUUUUAA